UUCACCGUCUUUGCGUCUCUCUCUCCCAAACUCUCUCCUAACGUCCACAGAAGAGUAGGAAGAGGCCACUGUGCGUGGGGAGACAGAAGCGGAAGCUUUCUAUCAAUGGCUGCUCUCAGGAGUUGCUUGAAGAGAAGCUCCCAGACACGCCACAGUCACGAGCUCCUGACGCCGCUCCGAUCGCUCUUCUCGACCGAAGCCUUGGUGUCGGACUCGCCUUCCUUCGCGCAGCGUCUCCGGGACCUCCCCAAAGACCUCCCGGGGACCAAAAUCAGGACCCAAGUCUCUCAGCUGAUUGGGAGGACUCCCCUGGUGUUUCUGAACAAAGUCACUGAAGGAUGUGGGGCUUAUGUUGCUGUCAAGCAAGAAAUGAUGCAACCGACGGCCAGCAUCAAAGACAGGCCCGCGUUUGCGAUGAUCGAUGAUGCCGAAAAGAAGAACUUGAUCAGUCCUGGGAAGACGACUUUGAUAGAGCCGACUUCGGGGAACAUGGGAAUCAGCAUGGCUUUCAUGGCAGCCAUGAAAGGUUACAAGAUGAUCCUGACCAUGCCCUCUUACACCAGCUUGGAGAGGAGGGUCACCAUGAGGGCGUUCGGAGCUGAGCUGAUCCUCACCGAUCCCACCAAGGGGAUGGGCGGGACGGUCAAGAAGGCUUACGAACUCUUGGAAUCCACCCCAAAUGCUCACAUGCCGCAACAGUUUUCGAAUCCGGCCAAUACUCAGGUGCACUUUGAGACUACUGGUCCUGAGAUAUGGGAGGAUACGAAUGGACAGGUCGACAUUUUCGUGAUGGGUAUCGGCAGCGGUGGCACGGUGUCAGGUGUUGGACAAUAUCUCAAAUCCAAAAAUCCUAAUGUCAAGAUAUAUGGACUCGAGCCUGCUGAAAGUAACAUCCUUAAUGGCGGUAAACCGGGACCCCAUCAUAUCACUGGCAAUGGCGUCGGAUUCAAGCCGGAUAUCUUGGACAUGGAUAUAAUGGAGGAAGUUCUCAUGGUCUCCAGUGAAGAUGCGGUGAAUAUGGCGAGGCAAUUGGCAUUAAAGGAGGGAUUGAUGGUCGGAAUAUCUUCGGGAGCUAACACCGUCGCCGCCCUCAGACUUGCACAGAGGCCAGAGAACAAAGGCAAGCUUAUCGUGACCAUUCAUCCAAGCUUUGGGGAAAGAUACUUGUCGUCGGUCCUGUUCCAGGAGUUGAGGGAUGAGGCCGAGAAGAUGCAACCGGUUUCGGUUGACUGAGGAGGGUUCUUCACUAGAAGAGUCUGCACGGCAUUUUCAUUAAGCCAAAGAUGAAGGAAAUGCUCGUGCAGCAAAACAUGAGUCUCUGGUCACUCUUGCCUCCGCGUAUUUGUGAUUCUGUUGUAACCAUUUGGACUAAGUGUUGAAUUUUCCUCUCUAAUAGCAAGCGCAAGAUCCGUU